AACAUCCCAUAUAUAUAUAUAUAUACUGUACCCCCUGCUUGUGGCGGAACCAUGUCGGCCAUUAUUACCUUCCUACUCUUAUCUUCUUUUUUUGGGUCUUGGAUUUCGAAGUUAUGGCGCUAAAAUACGCUGACAAACUUCGCGGCAAGUCGAUUGUUAUUGUCGGUGGGACAUCAGGCGUAGGAUUUGCAGCAGCCGAAGCUAGCCUCGAGUUCGGUGCAAGCGUGGUGGUAGUUAGCCGGACCCAGGAAAACGUUGACAAGGCCGUGAAGAGGCUCCAGGCCUCUUAUCCAGCUGCAGCCAUAAAUGUCCGGGGCUACGCCUGCGAUAUAUCCAGCGAGCAAGCAGAGGCAGACAUCUCUAGGGUCUUUGACUUCGCCACUGAUAAGGGAACAAAACCUGUCGAUCAUGUCAUCAGCACUGCUGGCUCAUUUCCAAACCCGAUAACCCUUGCCGAAGCAACACCCAGCAGCCUCAUCGCAGCCAGCCAGUAUCACUUCAUCGGGGACUUAAUGCUCGCUAAGGUAGCGGUCAAGUACCUCCGACCUGGCUAUACCUCCUCUAUCACCUUAACUGGUGGUGCCGGCACAUACAAGCCUCCCCCCGGUUGGCCACUUUGGGCCGGCGUUGGAGGGGCAAAAGACGCGCUGACUCGGAGCCUCGCCCUGGAGCUGAAACCGAUUCGCGUGAACCUCGUCUCUCUUGGUGCAAUCCAAACGGAAUUAUUCGACCGGGCUAUGGCAGGUUGGGGUGAGGAAGCUAUUCAGGCAGCAAAGAAUGCUUCUGUGCUAGGAAGGAUUGGCGACCCGGGAGACGCUGCCGAGACUUUUCUUGCCAUAAUGAGGAAUCAAUUUAUGACGGGAACUAUCAAUGUUGUUGAAGGGGGUGCUUUGCUUAUCUAAAUCAAAUAUGUUAACUAAGUUAGUCAACUGCACCAUGUGCUGCAUAUCCCUGAAUUAGAUAGCGUCAUCUAGUAAGGAGCCCGACGCCGCCUUUGGAGGUUUCGAUGGAGUCUCUGCAACAAUUCGACAAAGAAGGUCAAUCUCUUGUUGGCCUGAUCUAACAUGCGUCAUGGUGCGCAUGCAGGAACACCUAAACAACACCAAGUUCGGUAAACCGCAAUUCAUUAUUUAUGAUCGUAUGCAAAUUAUUCCGAUCACGAGAGUCGAGCCGCA